AUGUCAGAAGUUACCAUCACCGGCUUCAAGAGUCGCGAUGUGCGAUUCCCAACGUCGCUCGACAAGACAGGCUCAGAUGCAAUGAAUGCUGCGGGAGACUACUCAGCGGCGUACUGCAUUCUCGAGACUGAUUCAAAAUACAGCGGCCAUGGCAUGACAUUCACCAUUGGCCGCGGAAACGACAUCGUCUGCGCCGCUAUCCUCCACGUUGCCGAUCGCCUCAAGGGCAAGACACUCUCAUCACUCGUGGCCGACUGGGGAAAGACAUGGCGGUAUCUCGUCAACGACAGCCAGCUGCGGUGGAUUGGCCCCGAAAAGGGCGUCAUCCAUCUUGCGCUCGGUGCCGUCGUCAACGCAGUCUGGGAUCUGUGGGCAAAGACGCUCAACAAGCCCGUCUGGCGCAUCGUCGCCGACAUGACGCCAGAGGAAUACGUCCGAUGCAUUGAUUUCCGCUACAUCACCGACGCCAUCACCCCCGAGGAAGCCAUUGAGAUGCUGCGUGAGCAGGAACCCGGCAAGGCCAAGCGCAUUGAAGAGGCGCUCCAGAACCGAGCUGUGCCUGCUUACACAACAAGUGCGGGAUGGCUGGGAUACGGAGAAGAGAAGAUGAAGCAGCUUCUGAGAGACACCCUUGCCGAGGGAUACAGGCACUUCAAGGUCAAGGUUGGCGGAAACGUCGAGGAGGACAAGAGGCGCCUGAGAAUCGCACGAGAAAUCCUCGGCUUCGACAAGGGCAACGUCCUCAUGGUCGAUGCCAACCAGGUCUGGUCCGUCCCCGAGGCAAUCGAGUACAUGAAGGAGCUCAGCGAGUUCAAGCCCUGGUUCAUCGAAGAGCCAACCUCUCCAGACGACGUCAUGGGCCACAAGGCCGUUCGGGAAGCUCUCAAGCCGUACGGCAUUGGCGUCGCCACGGGUGAAAUGUGCCAGAACCGGGUCAUGUUCAAGCAGCUGCUCAUGACCGGCGCCAUUGACAUCUGCCAGAUCGAUGCCUGCCGCCUGGGCGGUGUGAAUGAGGCUCUGGCUGUUAUGCUCAUGGCCAAGAAGUUCAAGGUGCCCAUUGUACCUCACUCUGGCGGUGUUGGCCUUCCCGAAUAUACUCAGCACUUGAGCACAAUCGACUACGUAGUCGUCAGCGGCAAGCUUUCUGUUUUGGAGUUUGUUGACCACCUCCACGAGCACUUUUUGCAUCCCUCCGUUAUCAAGGACGGAUACUACCAGACGCCGACUGAAGCUGGAUACAGCGUCGAGAUGAAGCCGGAAAGCAUGGACCGAUACUCGUAUCCCGGUGAGAAGGGAGUGAGUUGGUGGACGACUGAUGAGGCCCUGCCUAUCCUGACUGGCGAAAAAUAUUAA